UUGGGUAGCUUUCUGCCUCUUGUCAGCUUUAAUGUCUUGUAAUCUUUGAUGUCAUUUCACUUCCCCUUUCUCCCUUUGUUUCGAUGUGCUUUAACUUUUUUCAAUGUCAGCGCUGGCUUUCCGGUGCGAAAUCGUCGGCGUGGAGUUGUCUUGAGUAGCUCGGAUGGAGUGACGGAUCGAUGGCGUCCUACCAUUGGCCAGGUGUGGUCGACCGGUCGCGGCCUAGACUCCUCGUAGGUCCGCAGGACUGCUAUUAAAUAGGAUCAGGCAAGAGAACAGUCAUUCGUUUCUUCGCUCUAAUCCUAGUCGAGAAGAACAUCGCACCUGCCUGUAUCAUGUCUGGACGCGGCAAAGGAGGCAAGGGUCUCGGAAAGGGAGGCGCCAAGCGUCACCGCAAGGUGCUUCGCGACAACAUCCAGGGCAUUACCAAGCCCGCCAUCCGUCGUCUGGCUCGCCGAGGCGGCGUCAAGCGCAUCUCCGGCCUCAUCUACGAGGAGACCCGAGGUGUUCUCAAGGUCUUCCUGGAGAACGUGAUCCGCGACGCAGUGACCUACACCGAGCAUGCCAAGCGCAAGACCGUCACCGCCAUGGACGUUGUCUACGCUCUCAAACGCCAAGGCCGUCGCUCUCCACAAUCUGCCGACUACUCUUAUUGUCGUGCACUUCGGCGUAGACAAAGUUUAUUCGACAUGGCACGUACCAAGCAGACCGCCCGUAAGUCCACCGGUGGCAAGGCCCCCAGGAAGCAGUUGGCAACCAAGGCCGCUCGCAAGAGCGCCCCGGCUACCGGCGGCGUCAAGAAGCCUCACCGCUAUAGGCCCGGCACCGUGGCCCUGAGAGAGAUCCGUCGCUACCAGAAGUCGACGGAGCUGCUCAUCCGCAAGCUGCCCUUCCAGCGCCUGGUGCGGGAGAUCGCCCAAGACUUCAAGACCGACCUGCGCUUCCAGAGCUCGGCGGUCAUGGCUCUGCAGGAGGCCAGCGAGGCCUACCUGGUCGGUCUCUUCGAGGACACCAACCUGUGCGCUAUCCACGCCAAGCGGAACAUCGCACCUGCCUGUAUCAUGUCUGGACGCGGCAAAGGAGGCAAGGGUCUCGGAAAGGGAGGCGCCAAGCGUCACCGCAAGGUGCUUCGCGACAACAUCCAGGGCAUUACCAAGCCCGCCAUCCGUCGUCUGGCUCGCCGAGGCGGCGUCAAGCGCAUCUCCGGCCUCAUCUACGAGGAGACCCGAGGUGUUCUCAAGGUCUUCCUGGAGAACGUGAUCCGCGACGCAGUGACCUACACCGAGCAUGCCAAGCGCAAGACCGUCACCGCCAUGGACGUUGUCUACGCUCUCAAACGCCAAGGCCGCACCCUCUACGGCUUCGGUGGCUAA